GCCUACAAAAUUGAUGGGUUACCUUUCACAAAGGCUAAUUACUUGAUUUUAUUUGCUGUUUAAUUAAGUAAUACCUACAGAAGGCUUUGCUUAAAACUCUCUUAAACUAACCAAUUAUCUUUGAUUUGUUUCUUGCACUUCUUUAUUCAUUCUCUUAAUCCUGUUAUUAUCUUCAUUUUUCUUUUUUCCUUGAACUGUUAUACCACAAAAUGGGCAGUGAAUACAGUUCCAGAAAACACUUGUAUGAUAUCAGCAAGUCAAAGAGAACCAGAAGAGCGACAUUGUAUCUGUCUACAGUUGAAGAAGAUGUCGUCGCUCCAAAUUUUUCAAGAGGUCCCGAUCAGAAGAAUGAAAGUGAUCAAACUCAGACCAGUGAAGGGCAGAAGAAUGACCAUGUAAAACUCAAGCAGCUCAUUAGUGUUGAUGGCAAAGCAGACGACACAUCUGAUGGAAAAGAUAAAGGUAGGGCUAUACUUGGCCAGUAUUUCGCUGAUGAGAAGCAACUUCAACUGGUAGUAAAACAGCCUGAUGAUGGCCGCCAAGGAGUGAAACUCAAAAAAUUUGUCAAGCGGUAUGUUAAGGCUUUAAGCCAGAUGGUUAAAUCUAAGCGUAACCAACGCCUAGAGAACCCUGCUAUCCGCCUUAGUAUGUAAAUCAAAAGGCCAAAUAUCUGAAAAUAUAAUAGCAGAUACAUAAUCUUCCUAUUUGAGAGUUAGUUCUCCAUCAAUAUUGUUAUGACUUGAAUAAAGCAAAUUUUGUAAUUUCACAUGUUGUACCCUUGCACCUGUACUUUGCAGAUUCGAGUGCAGAUGAAAGUUUCAGCUUGCUACAAAA